GCCACUCAUUCUCCGCAACUUAACCUAUCACCGGCGUUUGCUCUCGUAAUGUAAGGUUAUGGUUGCGCAGUGAGAGAAAAAUAACAGAGGCAAGAUGUUGAAGAUUCUCAGAUUAAGUCACAGGCUCUGCCAGGUGUGUCAUGGGUCAAGGAGCGCGGUGCAGCGACGGCUGUUCCUGUCGGAGGCGUAUCGCUGCGAGGACGCGUGGAAUCGCCGACUGGAAACGCCACUGUUGCAAAACCUCGAUCAGAUGAAAAUAUUCAUCGAGCUGGAGCAACGGUACAACGACGUCGGCAAGGCGAGCGCCGUCGACAUCGACAUCUUCGUCAACAGCAUCACCGACAACACAUACCUCAACGAGGUACUGAAGCUCCUGUACAACCUUCGGCACUCCCCGGAGACGACGAACACGCUCAAGUCUACUCAUCACGCCGUAAUACGCUACCUGCUGCAGCACGAUUGCAUCGAAGAGCUGCACGAGGUACUCGACGACCGGCUCAACUACGGCAUCUUCCCGGAUAAUUUUGACAGCAACCUGCUGAUGGAUUAUUUCAUCAAGAAGCAGGAUUAUGCCUCUGCUGCAAAGAUUGCAACCUUGACCAUGUUGCAAGAGGAUGCGACGCAUCCCAUCACGAACGCCUUGUGCGUGUAUGCGUGUCACAAGUACCUGGAGAACCCCGACGACUGGAAGAAGCCCGAAGAACCAGUAGACACAUCCAAGGAAGAGAAAAAGAUACGUGUGAAGUAUCUAAGGAAUCCAUUUUUCGACGAUCACUUUGACCUGACUGAUCCGCGGGAUCGUGUUGGCAAGACUCUGAGUUUCCAGGGAAAACACCGGAAGGAUGCUCUGGGCAGAACUUGUCAGUUGAGAGGUUUGAUAUUGUACAAAAAGUAUGAAGACGUGACGAAAUUAGUUGCGGACUGGUUGGAGAAGAUGCAAGACAACAUUGUUUACGAAGAAGUAUUUGAAUUGAUAUCGAAAGACAAUAGCGGGCUUCAAGAUCAGGAUUCUGAGAAGUAUCAACCUGUUGCGGCUCAGUUAGCUGCGCUGAAAGAAAGGCCAAACCUGAAAGACAGUUUGAUUCAAGCAAUGGAGGACGUUAUCACAUCCACUGUGAACGAACAUGUCGAAAAAGAUAUCUCCGAACAACAUCAGAAAUAUUUGGAUUGGGUGAGUGUAAGAACUUCAGUACUGGAAGAGCAAAAGCAAGAGGUAAACAGAGAAAAGAGGAUAACCGUCAUCAAGAAGAUGAAGAAUGAAUUGCAGAGAAGAGAACAGCUUUUGACGUUCUUCGAUAAGGAAGAGCAAAUUGAAUUGCGAAUCGAGAAGAUGCAGGAGAGGGAACGCAAGGAGCAGGAACGCGUCCGCGCGAUUCCGAAGAGCGCACCGAAAUUGAGGGCGAUAGCUGCCGCAAGGACUAAGAUAUCAUCGGAUGUUAAGAGCAAAUAGGAAUCACAGGUGAUGCUACGCGAGUACAAAGUACGGGGCAUCGGAACGAAAUAGAAAUCAUCGUCUCAUUGUACUCGGAUAUUUGUUCGCGACAUCAAGUGUGUGUGCGUGACACACACGUAUCUUUUUAUCUUGUUAAAAUAAUUUCUAAGGAGAAUACACCUAAAAAAAGUGUAAAAAAGAAUUACCAAUCCAUCUCACCGUUACUGGUACACAUCCUGUAUUUUGUACAUGUUGGUUGUUCGCGGAGAAUGACGCUUUCAACAUUUAUUUUACGUAGCUCGGUGAAUCGUCGCGAGACGCGAGAGAUACGAAAGUCGAACUUGGACGUAUGUACUAGAAAAUUAUUAGGCUCUGUGUGUGUGUGUAAUAAAUGAUGUCCGUUUGAGCAUUGACGUUGACAACGUAUCUUUAUUAUAUGCUUGGCCCGACUCCAGGGCCAAGGCACGUCUCCAUAGCAACCAGCUCGGUGGACUCGCGAAGACGGAAGUCCCGAAGUUACAUCUCGCCAACGGCGCAGCUAAAUAACAUUUGGUCUUCGAUUCGCGUUCGUCUUGUGUUCUGCAAAAACAGCGUUUCGUUCGCGUGAUACUUUUUACGGAGAAUGAACAGAAAUUGUUCAAAUGCGGUUAUAAGAAAUAAAGGACGUUGUUGACUUACA